AUGGUUUUUCAGUCUCCAGAUGGCAGUGUGUACCUGAAAGCAUUUGGUACAAAACAAGGUGAAAGCUUUGCCUGUGGAAAGCCCCUGAUUAGUCAGUCAUCAGCAGUUGUGACCAUCAUAGCUAACACUGAACUCAAAGCAUAUGAGUAUCAGGGAUCUGAGGAAAGGCUGUCUAACUGGAGCAAACAUGGGGAAGCCUGCAAUGAAUUCCAGUCCUUUCAGGAGCAUGCUAAGGCAACCACUGAAGAGAAAGCUAAUCAAUAUAAGCAAGGUGAAAAAUCCUACUCUGAUUGUACUGAAGGAACCACCAUAGAGAAGCCCUUUGAAUAUAAGCAAGAUAUGAAAGCCUUUAGCACACUGAACUGUGUUCAAAUCCAAGAAAGACAUAUUAGUGAAGGUGGAAAAGAUUUUAAAUCUCCCCACAAUGUUUGGAAAUUUGAAAGCACUCACCGUGGAGAAAAACACUCUAUGUAUAAGUACACUGGUAAAUCCUUAACUAAGAACCCUUCAUUUCGUAAACUUGAAAGAGGAAAAACUGGGGAGAUAACCUAUGUAUGUAAGCAAUGUGGGAAGGCUUUCAGCAGACGCUUUGAUUGCAAAAGACAUGAAAGGAUUCACUCUGAGGUGAAACCUUAUGUGUGUAAGCAGUGUGGGAAAGCUUUUCGCAUAUGCAGUCACUGCAAAAGACAUGAAAAGACUCACAUUGGGGAGAAACCUUAUGUAUGUAAGCAGUGUGGGAAAGCAUUUAAGACACAGGGAUCUUGUGAAACUCAUGAAAAAGCUCACAAUGGGGAGAAACCUUAUGUAUGUAAGCAAUGUGGAAAAGCUUUUACCACACGUUAUAGCUGUCAGUAUCAUGUAAAAAUUCACAGUGGGGAGAAACCCUAUAUAUGUAAGCAGUGUGGGAAAGCUUUUAUCACACGUGGUGGUUGUAAACAACAUGAAAGAAUUCACAGUGGAGAGAAACCCUAUGUAUGUAAGCAUUGUGGGAAAGCUUUUAGCGCACAUAAUAAUUGUCGAAACCAUGAAAAAAUUCACAGUGGAGAGAAACCCUAUGAAUGCAAGCAAUGUGGGCAAACAUUUAGAAGACGCAGUAAUUGUAAUGUACAUGAAAAAAUACACACUGGGGAGAAACCCUAUGAAUGCAAGCAAUGUGGGCAAACGUUUAUUACACUCAGUGAAUCAUACCAGAGACAUGAAAGAACACACACUGGGGAGAAACCUUACGUAUGUAAGCAUUGUGGAACAGCUUUUAGCAUAGGUAGUAGUUGUCAAAGACAUGAAAGAAUUCACACAGGAGAGAAACCCUAUGUAUGUAAACAAUGCGGAAAAGCUUUUAGGACACAUGAUUAUUGUAAAGUCCAUGAAAGAAUUCACACUGGUGAGAAACCUUAUGCAUGUAAACAAUGUGGGAAAGCUUUUAGCACACUCAAUAUCUGCAAAAGACAUGAAAGAACUCACACAGAUGUGAAACUGUUAAGUGUGUAA